AUGGCUAGGUCUACUAUAAAGCACAACUUCUUUUUCCACUGGGCCAUGUGCAUCGCUCUUGUCUUUGCUUUGAUUGGGCCCUCGUCACAGCUGAGCACCAAGAAGCGAGAAGAUACACCCGAACCAAAUGAAGCUGCACCCAAAUAUGUUGCUGCCCACUUCAUGGUCGGAAUCGUGGAGAACUACACUGUCGCCGACUAUAAAGUUGACAUGAAACUCGCCAAGGAUGUUGGCAUUGAUGCUUUCGCCUUGAAUUGUGCCAGCAUCGACUGGUACACCCCCAAGCAGCUUGCCAACGCUUACGAAGCCGCCUCACAGGUCGACUUUAAAGUCUUUAUCUCAUUCGACUUUGUGUACUGGAACAACGGCGAUACAGCCAAGAUCACAUCCUACAUGCAGAAUUACAGCAGCCACCCUGCCCAGCUUCAAUACAACGGCGGCGCAGUGGUCAGUACAUUUGUCGGGGACUAUUUUGAUUGGGGCCCUGUGAAGCGAGGAACACAGCACCCGAUAUUCGCGCUUCCACAUCUCCAGGACCCCGCGGUGUUGAAGUCUAUUAGUACUUCCCUUGAUGGGGCGUUUUCAUGGUAUGGGUGGCCGACGGACGGUGGAAACAGUAUUAUCCCUGGACCGAUGACCACGAUUUGGGAUGAUAAGUAUAUUCAAAAUUUAGCAGGGAAAGCGUACAUGGCUCCGGUCUCCCCUUGGUUUUCGACCCACUUCAACACGAAGAAUUGGGUUUUCAUCUGCGAGGAUCUGAUUACCGUUCGAUGGGAGCAGAUGCUGAAGAUGAAACCACAGUUGGUUGAGAUCAUUUCUUGGAAUGACUAUGGUGAAUCGCAUUACAUCGGCCCAUAUUCGCCCCAACACUCUGACGACGGCUCGUCGCAGUGGGCAAAAGGGUUCCCGCACGAUGCAUGGAGAAUCAUAUCCAAGCCAUACAUCGCGGCGUACAAAUCUGGGGCAUCGGCGCCGGAGGUGAAAUCAGAUCAAUUAGUUUACUGGUACAGGCCAACACCGAAGGAUGUGAAAUGCUCGCGGGACCCCCUUGGUCCGCCUAGAGGUAUUGAGAUGCUGUCGGAUAGUGUUUUUGUGACCACGCUGCUUACGAAGCCGGCCACUUUGACGGUGACGAGCGGUUCUAAGCAGCCUGUGUCCGUUGAAAUCGGGGCGGGAAUUGUUACCAAGAAUUUCACCAUGGGUGUCGGUGCUCAGUCGUUCUCGGUGAGUCGGGGAGGGAAGGUUAUCUUGGAAGGGAAUGGAGGGAUCGAUAUCAAGAACCAAUGCGAGUUCUACAACUUUAAUGUUUAUGUUGGAUCCGCGAAUGCGACAGGCGUGGGGUUGGAAUGA